UCGUCGUUGCACGUGUGGCGGAAGUCAACGCAGCUCUGUACGGUUUACAGUGAAUAAAUUGACUAGUGGUGUUUUGUUGGUUAAUAAAUGUUCGACACGAUGGCGUUGUUACAGAACAAGCUCGACAUGGACGCGGAAGAGGAGCAGAGAGGACAGAAGAGGAAAAUAUCUCUGUCGAGCUGUGACGUGUGUGAAGUCCAGGAGGCCAAAUACUGCUGUCCCGGCUGUCUGAAGUGCUCCUGCAGUCUGUCGUGUGUGAAGCAGCACAAGCUCCAGUCAGGAUGCAGCGGCGUUCGGGAUCGCACCGCCUUCGUCCCUCUGUCUCGCUUCGGCGACCUCCAUAUGCUCAGUGAUUACAGGUUUCUGGAGGAGACGGGACGCGUUGCUGAAAGACCCAACAGGGACACAAUGUUACACACUCGAGCACGCCACAGUUAUGGUGCGAUGUUGUUGUUGAGGAACGCGAAGGCAGCGAAGGUGAAUCUGAAGAUCUUGCCGAAGUCCUUCAGUCGGCGCAGAGAGAACACGUCCAUCUACAACAAACAAGAGAGGAAGCUGUACUGGCAGCUGAAGCUGGUCUUCCCUCAGAGCAGUGCGGAGUACACCACCAGAGUUCCAGAAGACCGAGUUCUGGAGAAGAUCCUGAGCGAUUACAUCCACCCGACUGAAUCGGAUCCGGUCAAAAGGCAGAACUUGAAGACGUACGUCGUCUCUCCGCUCGAUCAGAUCGGCGUGUUUAUGAAGGCGGAGCAAAGGAAACCAAACUCUCUGAAGUACCAUGAGCUGGACAUGAAGAAAAGCCUCAGAGAGAACCUGAUGUUCAAGACGGUGGUGGAGUUUCCAGAGCUCUACGUGGCUGUUAAAGAACAUUGUGAGGAAUAUCGCUCUCGUGUCCCAGACAGAAGAAUCGACUCGUCACGGCCUUCUGCCUCAUCAGAAGCUCGGGGGGCUCCAGAAAGCCACAAACACACCACAGAAACUGAAACGACGGCACAAUCGGGGCUGGAGGAAGGUGAGAUCCAGAGUGAGGAUGAGGAGGAUGACGGUGUGAAGGAGGAGGAUGUUGAAGGUCAUCUUGGAGACCUUGAUGAUCCUGCUGUCCAGAAUGCAGCGCCUUCAGUUUUGCCUUAAUGCAAAAUAAUGACUUUUUAUAGAAGCAGCUUGCGCUCCUCGUCCUCUUCUUCUUCCUCUUCUUCAUGGUGAUGUUAUCGCUGGAAGAUGAAGAUGUAUGUGUUCCUGUGUACAAGCUGUUACUAUGGAAACGAUACCAGAUUAGGUGUGGUAUGGAAGAUGCUUCCUGGUUUAGGAGAGUGAAACACCUGCCAGUCAGUGUGCAGGAUCUGCAGUGUGACCUUCAUCCUGGUGUGUUGUAGAAGCUUGUAAAAGAUGUUUGUAAGAAAUAAACAAUUGUUUUAAUAAAAUGUGUGCAGAGAGCUGAG